AUGGAGACAAGGCUGGAGGUGGAUGUUUUGAUAUUCCCAGAUAGAGUGAAGAUUGCCACUCCGGAGGAGCUCUCAGAAUGGGAGCUUGAGACUGCGAGCCAAGUGUCCAUACCCACCGUCCGACUCUUUGUUGCACUUUACCCUUACAACCCUGCUGCAAUGUCCCCAAACUAUGAGAUGGCUGCAGAAGAGCUGCCGUUUGUGCCAGGCCAGAUAAUCAAGGUGUUUGGAGACACAGACUCUGAUGGCUUCUAUCAUGGUGAGUCCGGUGGUCUCUCCGGUUAUGUGCCAAGUAACAUGGUGACUGAAAUCCCGGUGGAUGAUGAGUACCUGAAGCAUCAACUCAUGCAGCAGGGCUUCCUCCCUGUGGACCAUACAGGUAUCAAUCUGAGUGAUGUAACCAGUAUCACUGAUGAUGUGGUCGUUCAACGAAUGGUGGCCUUAUUUGACUACGAUCCAUGGGAAAGUUCACCCAACAUGGACAGUGAAGUUGAACUUGGCUUUCGCUCAGGAGACAUUAUUUACGUGUUCGGUGACAUGGAUCUAGAUGGAUUUUACUUUGGGGAUCUGCAUGGACGAAGAGGUUUGGUCCCAUCAAACUACCUACAGCCGCUACCCUGGAAUUAAGAGAAGAAAGCACGC